AGUGUUUUGAACGACGCGUUUGAAUGCCAUUUCAUAGACCACUGAUUGUCUCAUAACAAACACAUUGACAAUGGAUUUGUUGUCUUCUCGUGAAUGCAUAGAAUCGGUGGACAAAUUGCGGACAAUCCGUCCGUUCACUGAAAGCCAGUUAUUAACGCUUUAUAACAACAAUCAGUUGGAGACUAACAACUCAUUCAUUGAACACUUCAUUCAGCAAAAUCUUCGCAACGAAAGCAACCGAUUAUAUGAACUGUUGGUUGAAUUAGAGAAAUGUCGGGAAAGACAUAACGACAGCAACAAUAAAGUGGAAGAAUUGAAGAAUAAUUGCGAUUCCCUUCAGGAGAAGGCCUGGUAUUUGAAGCCCAAGUCUAUAAAGAACUGCCUGCUUGGCCACGAGGCUACCUGCGUGACACCUUCGCCAGAUAAUACUCUUCUUUGGCUCAAAGAAUGCAUUUCUAAUGACAAUUGUAUUAACUAUUAUUUGUCUCAAUUCGUUCGCCUCGACGUCGAGAACUUCAUGACAGAUUCGGCAGAAUUUAUAUCUAUGUCUACACUCGACGAUCAGUUGUUUUUAUUGAAUCAUGUGUUGAGAUGUGCGGCCGGCUCUUCGGUGUGGUCCACAUGUCUGAUCCAAUGCCCGAAUCCUAUGGCAACAUCAGAUCCAGAGCUGGCCAACCAAUUGCGCGAAAAGUUUAUCGGAAUUACAAAGAGUGACAAAAAGAGUAUCACUAAUAACGACGAGACUUGGCUUUUAGUUGAUCCCGAUAUGAGUGGCGAAGAUGUGACCAACAGUUACCUUCAAAUCACCGAAUUAGAUGUGAUCCGUUUCUUAAAACAGGUCCCAUUCAAUGAUGUCUUAAAAUUUGUGUCAAUGAACAAAAGCUCAAAUGAGCUCACCGCUUAUAUCAGUUCAAUGAUUAGACGAACAGUUUUAGCGGUUUCUGAUCUAUGGGUGAGCUGUAAGAAUGAGUUCAUGUCUGGCGAUCAGGCGAUGAUUCUUCGACUACAAGUAGAAUUCGAUCACUUUAUGUUGCGGUCAAUGAUUGCCAUUUUGACGACCAAUAGACAGGGCGUCUGGACUUUCCUAUCGGUGUUUCCAUUCGACGGCGUGUCUGAGUCGAUGAUGUGGCACAUCCUUUGGGUCGUCUAUAACAAUGGUAGGGAUGAGUUGGACGAGUUGGGAGUUACUGGAAGAAUAAGUUCCNAGGAGAAGGCCUGGUAUUUGAAGCCCAAGUCUAUAAUCCGGACGAACCGGUGCUCCGAUGGACGCACUGUGGAAGCGGUCCAUAAAUAUAACGAAUCUAUUCUUAACAAAGAGAAUGUCAAACAAUUGGAUAAUACUCUUCUUUGGCUCAAAGAAUGCAUUUCUAAUGACAACUGUAUUAACUAUUAUUUGUCUCAAUUCGUUCGCCUCGACGUCGAGAACUUCAUGACAGAUGUUAUCAAUGAUAAAGAUUUGGCCCACAAAUCAAAGCAAUUACGAAAUGCCAUUUCAGACCUCUUCUCAUACCAAAGAAGGUGUCUUAUUAUGCGCGACAAAGAACUCAAUAAAUUGACUCUCAAUUGGCUCUUAAAUAUUUCGGCGGAAUUUAUAUCUAUGUCUACACUCGACGAUCAAUUGUUUUUAUUGAAUCAUGUGUUGAGAUGUGCGGCCGGCUCUUCUGUGUGGUCCACAUGUCUGAUCCAAUGCCCGAAUCCAAUGGAAACAUCUGAUCCAGAGCUGGCCAACCAAUUGCGCGAAAAGUUUAUCGGAAUUACAAAGAGUGACAAAAAGAGUAUCACUAAUAACGACGAGACUUGGCUUUUAGUUGAUCCCGAUAUGAGUGGCGAAGAUGUGACCAACAGUUACCUUCAAAUCACCGAAUUAGAUGUGAUCCGUUUCUUAAAACAGGUCCCAUUCAAUGAUCUCAAAUGGUUUGAUACAGCGAUCAUAAUGACCAACAGUUACCUUCAAAUCACCGAAUUAGAUGUGAUCCGUUUCUUAAAACAGGUCCCAUUCAAUGAUGUCUUAAAAUUUGUGUCAAUGAACAAAAGCUCAAAUGAGCUCACCGCUUAUAUCAGUUCAAUGAUUAGACGAACAGUUUUAGCUGUUUCUGAUCUAUGGGUGAGCUGUAAGAAUGAGUUCAUGUCUGGCGAUCAGGCGAUGAUUCUUCGACUACAAGUAGAAUUCGAUCACUUUAUGUUGCGGUCAAUGAUUGCCAUUUUGACGACCAAUAAUGACCAACAGUUACCUUCAAAUCACCGAAUUAGAUGUGAUCCGUUUCUUAAAACAGGUCCCAUUCAA